CUUUGAACCAGCCCAACACGCGGCAGAGUAACAACUGCACUCCCCAGUCGCUAGCACUUUCAUGCUACUGCUGCGCGCUGCAACCGCCCGUCUGCAGCUGUCCCAGUCGUCCUUGGCCGCCCGCGCCGCCCGCCCCCUGCUCGCCAGCUCCUCCUCCUACGCUUCCUCCGCGCCUGCUUCGCUGUUUGCCUCGCUCCGCGCCAUGGCCACCACAAUGGGCAGCCCCUCCAUCAUCUCGAUGAUCAACCAGGACCACGCCAAGUUCAAGAACCUGUGGAACGAGUACCAGGGCCCCAACAUGAACGGCGAGAUGAAGCAGAAGCUGGGCUGGGCGCUGAUCCGCGAGAUCGCCAUGCACAGCAGCGCGGAGGAGGAGGUCAUGUACCCCGAGAUCCGCAAGCGCCUUGGUGACCAGGCCGCUGACAUGCUGCUGGGGCAGGACGGCCACCAGCACAUCAAGGACCUGCUCACCGAGCUGGACCGCAUGACGGUGGAGAAGGACGGCGAGGCCGCCUACACAGCCAAGCUCAAGCAGGCCAUGGACCAUCUGUACCACCACAUCGACGACGAGGAGAACAAGGUCUGGCCGCAGUUCUGCGCGCUGCCCGGUGUGGACGCUGACCUGCUCUCGCACCUGGGCAAGAAGUUCGAGGGAGCCAAGGCGCACGCCGUCACGCGCCCCCACCCCUGGGCUCCCAACAAGCCGCCGCUCAACGUCAUUGCCAACAUGGCCACUGCGCCGCUGGAUGCCGCCGCCGACAUGUGGCGGUUCGCCGGCCACCCGCCCACCAUGUGAAGCGGUAUUGGGGAGUGGAAGGUGAUUCGAGCAAUCCCAUUGAGCCGCUUGCCGCUGAGCUGGCGAUGGUGUGUCAGACUGCUGCUAGGAAGGACAGCGUGUGGCACGUGUCUGCGGUUUCAGCGGCAUGUGGCAUGCGGCAACGCAUGAUGUGAUGCUCGGCCACAGCCGAGCAAAAAUAUGGCUAUUUUGUCCUGACAUUGAGCGGGUGGUAGUUGUCAGCCUGGUUGGCAGCAUGGUCGGGCAUGUAGGAAAGUAGGAAACGCGGCUUUUGGAUGGAGGAGCAGUUGAGGAGAUGAUUGGUUCGGUCGCAGUACGGAUGCCCCGCCACAAGACCAGAGUGAGGUAGAUAGCAGUUGGAGCUGAGACUGGGUCCGCAUUGCGUGUAACCCAGGCAGACCUAGUGGCAGGCAGUCGUGGAGGUGCGUGCGGAAACAGGUCGCAACUUCGUGAAAUACAUUCUUU